AUGGCUGCUACAAGUGCUAGCAUGGUGUUUUACAUCUUCUCAUGGUUAAGUCUUGUUGUUUUGACUUCACUCCUCAAGUACCUAAUUAACAAAACAAGAACAAAUCCCAGAAUUCAAACACCACCAUCACCACCAUCACUACCAAUAAUCGGACACCUUCACCUUAUAGGCUCAUCAGUAAUACCAAAGUCAUUCCAAGCCUUGGCUAAACUCUAUGGCCCUCUGAUUCAGCUUCGUUUAGGUGCCUCAACUUUCAUACUUGUCUCCAACGCACAAGUUGCAAAACAAGUGUUGAAAACCAAUGAAAUCAAUUUCAUUAACAGGCCUCACAUUGGGUCCACCUCUGAGUACAACCUCUAUGAAGGGUGUGAUUUUGUUUUUGCACCGUAUGGGCCUUAUUGGAGGUUCAUGAAGAAGCUAUGCAUGAAUGAACUUCUCUCGAGUUCUCAGCUUGGGAGAUUCAUGCACGUAAGGGAACAAGAGAUUAAGAAGCUCUUGAAAUCACUUAUGAUUUGUUCUAGUGAGGGCAGAGAGUGUGAUUUGGGUUUUGAGCUUACUACUUUGACCAACAAUAUCCUAUGUAGGACGGCCAUGAGCACUACAUGUGUGGACAAAGAUAAGAAUAGCAAUGAUGAUGCUGUGGAGAUUCAUGGUUUGGUGAAGGAGUUUCUUGAACUUGGUGCCAAAUUUAGCAUUGGUGAUGUUCUUGGGCCUUUGGGUAAACUGGACUUAUUUGGGUAUGGGAAAAGACUUUUGAAAACACUCACUAGAUUUGACCAGAUCGUGGAGAGGAUCAUGGAGGAACAUGAGAAGAAGAACGAUAAUGAAGGAGAAACAUGGGACAUGAUGGACGUUUUGUUGCAAGUCUAUAGAGAUCCAAAUGCUCAAGUGAGAUUAACAAGGAAUCAUAUCAAGGCCUUCUUCCGAGAUAUUUUCCUUGCGGGAACGGACUCCAGUUCAGUGUCAGUGCAAUGGACCAUGGCAGAGAUCUUAAACCACCCAACAGUAUUGAAGAGGUUGAGGGCAGAGAUUGACGCAGUGGUGGGGUCAACCAGGCUGGUCAACGAAUCCGACGUUCCAAAUCUUCCUUACCUCCAGGCUGUUGUAAAGGAAGCUAUGAGGCUCCAUCCAACGGCACCGUUAUCUUUGAGAGAGGCUGCAUCAGAUUUCAGCAUCAAUGGCUACAAUGUGAAGAGCCAAACAAGAACAAUUAUCAAUAUCUACGCCAUUAUGCGGGACCCAGAAGCAUGGCCCAACCCGGAAGAUUUUAUCCCUGAGAGAUUCUUGGAUGAUACCACUAACGAUGGGGUCUAUGGUGAUCACUAUAAUUUAAAGGAACGUUUCAUUAAAAUGAGUGUUAACGAUUUCAGGUAUAUUCCGUUUGGGUUUGGUAAGAGGGGGUGCCCUGGAGCUUCUCUUGCUUUGACGGUCAUAAAUCUGACGGUUGCUGCGUUGAUCCAAUGCUUUGAUUGGAGAAUCAAAGGUGCAGAUAGGGUUAACAUGGAAGAAGGCUCCUCUUUUUCUAUGGGAUUGGCACAACCACUUGUUUGUUACCCUGUUACAUGUUUUAAUCCCUUUUCUCUGUAGGCUUAAAUGUCUAAAAUUACACAUAAAAAUAU